CUCACCUCCUCGGCAACUAUCAGGGGCUCACAAUUGACAGCUUGAACCUCAAAGGCUGCAUUUCUUUGAUCGCUCUUCGAUCUGAUUUAUCAGACAAGCCUCCGAGAACUUAAAACGGAGAACGGCGGUGAUUGCCGAGAACUGGCGCCUGGCCUUGGAUUCCAGGCUUCUGUCUUCUCAGUUGUGAUCAGUUCGCCGUUGUCACGACCUUGAACGUCCGGCCUUCUGCUGGCCAUUGGGACAGGCUUGUCGACGCAUUCAAGCGCCUUCCGCCCGUGAUCUGCUUCGCCGAAGUUCUACAAUCGACCUGGUUUUUUUUUCCACCUUUGAUUACCGGUGUGAACCGACUCGAAGCCCGCACGGCCCCAUCCAACCAUCAUCAUGUCGAGCAAUAGAAACUACGACUUCUUGAUCAAGCUGCUGCUGAUCGGAGACUCGGGCGUGGGCAAGUCAUGCUGCCUGCUACGUUUCAGCGAGGAUUCGUUCACGCCCUCCUUCAUCACGACCAUCGGCAUCGACUUCAAGAUCCGGACGAUUGAGCUGGAUGGCAAGCGGGUGAAACUUCAGAUCUGGGACACGGCCGGACAGGAGCGAUUCCGCACCAUCACGACGGCAUACUACCGGGGCGCAAUGGGGAUUUUGCUGGUUUACGACGUCACCGACGAGAGGUCAUUUAACAACAUUCGGACGUGGUUCGCCAACGUUGAGCAGCACGCUACGGAGGGUGUUAACAAGAUCCUGAUCGGCAACAAGUGCGACUGGGAGGAGAAACGGGUUGUAUCGACAGAGCGGGGCCAGCAGCUGGCUGACGAGCUGGGCAUCCCGUUCCUCGAAGUCUCCGCCAAGACCAACACCAACAUUGAUAAGGCCUUCUACAGCCUGGCGGCCGACAUCAAGAAGCGCAUCAUCGACACCUCCAAGCCAGACCAAGCGGCCGCGGGGCAGGCUGUGAAUGUCGGUGAUAAGAGCGGGUCCGAGAGCGGUGUGAAGUGCUGUUAGCCGGUCUGGGAGAUAAUAGGAAAUGGGGUACUGCUUGGGACGCUGGGCAUGGCGGGCAUCGGCGUUGCAUUGGCGGCAUGCAUGAAGUUUUAUGACUGGACGGACUAUCACGAGACAUUUCCAGAAACGAGGCCAAAAACUGCUGACCGGGCCCUGAUCUUCGUUAUGAAACCAUUCCCAAGUACCUCGAGACACCCAUACAACGACUCCGACGACUUUCGAUUCCGAUGAUCACUCAAUGCUCAAUAUGGUACGGCCUCUGAGAAUUAACACCGGCGUUGGGGCUUGGGGCCCGGGGCAAGCUUUACUCGGUGGUGCCGGAGAGCGGCACUAGGCAACCAGACAAAUACCUAAACCACAGAAGAGGAGGAAAGACUGGGAGAGGAACUUGAGAAGGGAAACGACAAGGUCCGCACGCGUCAUCAACCAGGCACUCGGAAGCAGCUCACAGCUUCGGCUCCUGAGCUCGGCGGCGCCGUGUGGGUUUGUUCUGUCGCUUUGUUUCUGCCGUUUGUGGAGGAGGUUUCUCGUUGACCUAGCGGGCAGAUAGAGAAGCGAGCGAGCAGGCGAGCGAUUGAAGCGUUAGGGUAGAGUGUCUAGGGCAGGGAGCAGGGAGCAAUGUUCUGGGCACGGAGUUUGGGGCUUUCCUUUUGUAUUGACGCCUGGUAUUUAAUACAUAACUUUCAUAGCCCAUGCCUUGCCCAACAUGCAACUGUGGUGUC